AUGUCCCACUCCCUCACAGCAACCUACGCCGCCCCCUCCACCCCCUCCACCCCCUCCAAAUCCUUCGCCCACGCCCUCCCACCCUGUCCCUCCGCCCCCUCGACCUCCGAGAAAACAGCCUACCUCUCUGCCCUCCGCCAGUCAGUUGUCGCCCUGCAGGCUGAAGUCAACGAGUUCCUGACCGCGAAGAUGGAGGAGGAGAAGGCGGGCGCAAGCACCGCUGGUGGGGAAUUGCAUGGGGGUGCGCUGAGCGGGGGGAGGGAUCGGGAUGCGGAGGAGGAGGAGGAGGACGGAUAUGGGGAGGAGAAGGUGGAGGAAUAG